AUUUAUUUAUUGUUAUAUUAUAAUUCAAAAAUAUGAAAACCUAUUCCAUAGCAGUCUUAUUAAUAAUAGUGACAUUAUUUAAGUGGAAUCAGGUAGCUCUAAGUCAGAAUCUAAGCGAAAUUAGCUUAGCAGGACAAGAAGGCCCUAUUUUGAAGUCUGCUCUAGCAUUUCCAACCUUUUGUUGGCCUAGAUAUACUUGCAAUCGCUAUAUUUGUGUUUUUGGCUGCAAAACCGAUCAUCGGGGAUGUCCAACUUCCAAAUGUUGCCCUUCCAUAUGUUCAUGCCCUUCUUAUAGAAAAUACUUUAAUCGCAGCACAAACUGCUGGCAUUGUAGAACAUAUUGGCCCUUCCUAGGAUUGAGGAGCGCAGCGGUAGCAGGUAGUAUUGAUAAUGAAACUCAAUCUAUAAAUGAUGAUAAUGCGGAUAAUGAUGGUAAUGGCAACUGAUGAUAAUCAAUGAUGAUAAUAUUCCUAUUGCCAAUAAUGAUCUUUAAUAAAUUUUUUGGUAACGAUAUUAUAUUAUAUUUUUCGAUUUAUAUUUAUAAAAUAUAAUAACCCAAUUAAAUUAUUUCUUUAAAAAAACGCUUGAUUAUAAGAAUAUGCAUAUAUGCCAAUAAAUAUUUUAAUACAAUAGUUAUAUUAUAUUCCUCAAUAAAAAUUUUUAUUACAAGUUAUAA